GUACAUGCUGGGCCUGUCGGCUGUUCCAGCAGUUAUACAGUUUCUUGGAUUCCUCUUUCUUCCCGAAAGUCCCCGCUGGCUCAUUCAGAAAGGCCAGACACAGAGAGCACGGAGAAUUCUGUCUCAAAUGCGUGGCAACCAGGCAAUCGAUGAGGAGUACGACAGUAUCAAAAACAACAUUGAAGAAGAAGAAAAAGAAGUUGGAGCAGCUGGACCUGUGAUCUGCAGAAUGCUAACAUACCCUCCAACUCGAAGAGCCUUAAUUGUGGGUUGUGGUCUGCAGAUGUUUCAACAACUGUCAGGGAUUAACACCGUCAUGUACUACAGUGCUACCAUUUUGCAGAUGUCAGGAGUGGAAGACGACAGGCUUGCAAUCUGGCUGGCUGCACUGACAGCAUUUAUAAACUUCAUUUUCACUCUUGUGGGAGUCUGGCUCGUUGAAAGGAUGGGUCGCCGGAAACUUACACUUGGUAGCUUAGCAGGUACUGCUGUAGCACUCAUUAUCCUAGCUUCGGGAUUUUUGCUAUCAGCUCAGGUCUCGCCAAGAAUCACACUUAAUCCACCAGAUCCUUCACAUCAAAACUCUACCUGCACAAAAUACAGUUAUUGUAAUGGCUGUAUGUUAGAUCCAGACUGUGGUCUCUGCUACAAAUUGAAUAAAUCAAGUGUUGUUGAGUCCUCAUGCAUUCCUGUUGAUAAAGAUUCCACAAUGAAAGCUGCUUGGGGCAGGUGUUCAAAUGAAACAGUAUUCAAAAAGGAAGAUUUGUUUUGGGCAUACAAUUUCUGCCCCACUCCGUACUCUUGGACAGCACUUCUGGGCCUUAUUUUGUACUUGGUUUUCUUUGCACCUGGCAUGGGUCCUAUGCCCUGGACUGUCAAUUCUGAAAUCUACCCCCUUUGGGCUAGAAGUACCGGGAAUGCAUGUUCUUCUGGAGUCAACUGGGUUUUCAAUGUGCUGGUGUCCCUGACGUUCCUGCAUACAGCUGAGUACCUGACCUACUAUGGAGCCUUCUUCCUCUACGCAGGGUUUGCUGCCUUGGGACUAGUUUUCAUCUACGGCUGCCUGCCCGAGACUAAAGGCAAAAAACUAGAGGAAAUUGAAUCUUUGUUUGAAAACAGGCUAUGUACAUGUGGUAUGUCAGAUUCUGAUGAAGGGAGGUAUAUCGAGUAUAUUCGGGUGAAGGGAAGUAAUUACCAUCUUUCUGACAAUGAUGCUUCUGAUGUGGAAUAA